AUCACCAUCCUCGUCCCCACGCCCGCUAUUACCAUUAGGCCCAGGCCCACCCGCCCGCUUCCCUUGGCGGCAUCCUCCCCGACUCGCUCCAUCGCGCCUUUGACAUAUCCGUCUUGAUUGUCAGCUAUCGUGUCUGAUUGUUCAGAACCCAUUGGCGCCGGCUGCACACCCCGAAUCGUCGCUUCUAUAGUACAUCGACAACACCACACCCCAACCCCGCAUCCCUCCCAAGUCACCCUCACCUGCUGCAGCCUGACGACGCCUUGCCUCUCCUUAUUCCCAAUCGCAAUGGUCCUCUAUAGCUUCUACAUAUUCGAUCGGCACACCGAGUGCAUCUACUCGCGCCGCUGGACUCCUGCACGCCCAACCUCUUCCUCGUCCAAACCCACCACCGCUGCCGCUGCCGCCGCCCGCCCGACGUCUGGCAACUCGAUUGUAAGCAAUGGCGACGUCGUGGCUGCCGUCCGCAAGGGCAUGUCGCACUCGGACGACGAGAAGCUAGUCUUUGGCCUGGUCUUCUCCCUCCGCAAUUUUGUCACCAAGCUCGGCGGCGCCGACGAUACCUUUCUCUCUUACCGAACUGGCGAAUACAAGCUCCACUACUACGAGACACCCACACGCAUGAAGUUUGUCAUGCUCACCGACACAAAGGUCAUCAACUUGCGCCAGUACCUGCACCAGAUCUGGGCCAACCUCUACGUCGAGUAUGUUGUCAAGAACCCGCUAGCCCCCGUCGAACACCCGGGGGGCAUUGGAGUUGCCAAUGAAUUGUUUGAGCGGGGCUUGGAGGCCUUUAUCACCGCCGUUUUGCCUGUGUGAGGACACCUAAGACACAGCAAGAGCCACACGAGAUAGAAUAGCGUCAGUCUUGUAAAUGAGACAAUACGUGUACGGAGGAUGCCCUUGUGCCGAUCCAACAUUGUGCGGCGCAGGACUCGAUUUUCCGAAGAGCGGAGACGUUCCUAGAGAACGGAUCAUCGUCGCCUUAUCAUGACCAUCCACGAAGUUGCAGGGACUUGAACCUGCAAAUCAACAUGCAGACGACAAGACAAGCUUCAAAAGGUCGGGAGCGGCCGAACGCAUAUGCACCCCAGCCGAUGCCCCACAUGCACAGCCUCACUUGACCUGAGUCCCGGGACGCCGUUCCCCGACGCUGCAACAUGCAUGGGAUGUGGGCAUGAUGUGUUGAGUGUCAGAAUAACAUAGUGCCAUAGAGAGAAUUCGAAGUUGAGAUACCAUAUGUGCC